AUGACCUCCACCAAUUCAUCCCUAGAGAAGCCGACUGGCGAGUACCGCCAGUACUUACCCGACCUGAGCCUCAAGCGCUUCCAGGUGAUGUGCACGCAGGACGCGCACGAGUACGCUCAUGACUUUAAGACAUUGAAGCAGCCCCCAUGGUUGCACGGACUGUAUAUGCAUUGGUUGGACUUGUUGCAGGAGCCUUUCAAGGGUGUCACCACCGAUGGCCGCGUCCGACCCGAUCUUUUCACUCUGCAAGAUGAAGAUGUUCCAAUCCAGCACAUCGUCGAUACCACACAGACAUUCCUCAGCCUUUUGGAUGAUAAGCAGAAGGAAGCCGUUAGCUACCACAUCGACUCCCCACAGUGGCGCACAUGGUCGAACCCUGAGUUCCUACUUGCAAACAAGGGUGUCCGUCUCGACGAGGUAACCGAGAAUAUUCGUGAUGCCGUCAUGAACAUCCUCAAGGCUACCCUUUCUCCCGAGGGCUAUGAAAAGGCCGUCAGCGCUAUGCGCAUCAACCAUUUCCUCGGCGAGUUGGUCAAGUCCCCGGCCGUGAUGAACGAGUUUUCCUACAACUUUGCUCUCUUCGGUCGGCCCUCGAUUACCAGACCCUGGGGCUUCUCUUUCUAUGGCCACCAUCUGUGUUUGAAUAUCUUCCUGUACAAGGGUCAAAUCAUCGCGUCGCCAUGGUUCACUGGUGCAGAGCCCAAUGAGAUCGACGAGGGUCCUUGGGCCGGAACUCGGAUUAUGCAGGUGGAAGAGAAGUUGGGUCUGGAGCUGAUGCAGUCAUUGACUGUGGAGCUUCAGAAUGAGGCGAGGGUAUUCGAGAAGAUGAAAGAUCCUGCUAUGCCACCUGGUCGCUGGAACAAGGAUGACCAGCGCCAUCUGUGUGGUGCCUACCGUGAUAACCGGGAGGUUCCGUAUGAAGGUAUUCUGGCGUCGACUUUCAACGAGGCGCAGAAGAAGCUUAUGUAUGGCAUUCUGGAGCAAUACUUGCUUUACCUGCCGGCCAAGUCUCGGGCCUUGAAGCUUGAGCAGGUGCGUCGGUGGGAGGCGGAGACUUACUUCUGCUGGAUUGGUGGUAAUGGUGAUGAGGAUCCAUUCUACUACCGUAUUCAAAGCCCGGUUAUCCUUGUUGAAUUUGAUCAUCACUCUGGUGUGUUCUUGAACAACGACGAACCUAAGAAGUUCCACAUUCACACCUUACUCCGCACUCCUAACGCGGGCGACUAUGGCCAUGCCCUGCGGGCUCAGGUUCCGGCUAUUGAGGGAUUGAACGGGAAGGAGAUUGUUUGGUAG